AUGUCUUUUUUGUCGGUGGAUGUUUGGUUCAGUUUCACGAUGAGCUGGGUUCAAGCUGUGUUCGUCGUCCUCUGUGUCGGAGCAGCACAUGCUGCAAACAUGCGGUGUUUGGAGUGCCAGGACAUGCCCCACCCUCAGGAUUGUGACCUAGUCACUGUGUGCACGCAGUACGAGGUCUGUUACGUAGAGCAGUUCGUCACGAGUGGCGGCCUCAUCCUCUACAACUCUGGUUGCCUCGCGAAAAAUAGGUGUCCAUCCAUCUCAAAAAGAGGUCUAAAUGAGACGUCUGCGUUCUUAGCGCAAAGCAGAUCCGCUUCCGGUGAUAAACGUCAGACCGAGACGUCAACAACUGACGUCGCAACGUGCAUAGAUUGCUGCGGAUCCUCUAAUUACUGCAACGUGCAGGGGUGUGGCGAAAAAAUGACCCCAAUGACAUCACGCGGCCCCAUGUGCUUUUUUUGUCACGGUCAGGAGACACCAGAGACCUGUCGCACUGUGCAAACGUGUCCCAUCGGACAAUUGUGUGCCAUUGAAAGAAUGCAAGGCCACCCGACGGUGUUCGUAACCAAAUGUGAAAGAAAACCCCUUUGCGACGCAAUGGUCCACGCGGAAGCGACAUCCCACCACCGAAGAGAGGUUAUCAAUGAUAAACAGUGUCCGCGUUGCUGCAGCACGGACUUCUGCAACGACAACUGCGAGCAUCAGCUAAAUAUCACAGCCACGACAGUCAUAAUUCUGACGCAUCCUACUACUAAUCCGACGCAAACUACAACACACCCGACGACUCCCCAAACAGCACCGCCUACGACAACACAUCCGACGACUCACCAAACAGCACCGCCUUCGACGCAAUCAACAGCUCAUACGACGAUCCAACCUGUAACACAGUCCACAGCUGCGCAUUCGACGAUGCACAUAACUUCUACAGCCCAAACCACAAAAAUGUCGACGACGCAAUCAACAACUCAUCUGACGACGACACAUCCAACAACACGGAUUACGACCACAACACCGCUGACAAAGCCAACUGCAACAACUCAUUCGACAACACAUCCAACAACACCGAUUACGACCCAAUCCACAACUAAACCUACGACCAUGUCGACAACCACGAUCAAAGCAACAACUCCUUCGACGUCACAGCCAACAACGACGCGGACCACAACAAAAAUUACGAUCCCGUCGACUACCACGACACCAGCAACAACUACGCACAUAUUUACCACGCCAACAACCACAGAUCCAAAAUACGAAUGUGAAUCCGACGACUACGUUUACGACGUUGGUCUCAAUCUGUGUCUGAGGUUCUUCACUGACCUGAAAAACUAUACAGAGGCCGAGGACAAAUGCAAGUCUAUUAAUGGAACGCUUGUGGUAAAAGGUGAUGGUGACCAGAAGAUGAAGGAUGUUCUUUCAUUUUACCAGAAAGGCAACUAUCACAUCCCUAUGUACGUUGGUGCGACCAGCCUUGGCGCGACGCUCGUAUUUCACUGGGGAGACGGUAAGACGGAGACGAUCAACCCGAACGAAGGGAAGGAUCUCUCCAGCUCGCAGUGCUUGAUGAUACAGGACAACGGACGUUACACAAACUUUGACCUCUGUAGCCACAAACACGGUUACAUCUGUGAGAGACUUGCCUCCAGUAGAUCCAGGCGAUAGAUGGCUCCACAACAUGUCAAUCUAAUGUUCCACAACAUGUCAAUCUAAUGUUCCACAACAUGUCAAUCUAAUGGCUCCACAACAUGUCAAUCUAAUGUUUUAAAACAAACUGCACUAGCAAGAUUUGCGUUAUAAAUUAAGCAAAUAAAACCAAUUCCGUUUA